AUGGCCAGCCAAGCCCAGCCAAGCCAGGAAGUGUCGGUCCAAAUAGGGAACUUGCAGGUACAGGGACUGGUGAACAAAACAAACAAAGUUGCGAACUAUCUGGGGAUCCAAUAUGCGACCAUCCCGGCAAGGUUUCGCCAGUCCAAGCCUGUGAACCUCUCAGAACUGAGUGGUGUCCUCGACGCAACUCGCUACGGACCCAAGUGUCCGCAGAUCAGAAUAACCCGAACGGAGACGGCUCACCUGUAUGAGGGUGUGCGACGCAGUUCUGAGUAUCCCGUAGACGAGUUCGGGUGCUUGAGGCUCAACAUCUAUGUUCCCAGGGGUGUCCAGGGUCCGCUGCCGGUGUUGGUCUGGAUCCAUGGCGGAGGAUUUGUCUUUGGAGACGGCAACUCGGAAUUUGAUGGAAACUACCUCGUGGAGCAUGCCUUGGAAAAAGGAAAGCCCAUUAUUUUCGUGGCGAUGAAUUACCGAUUGGGAUUCUUCGGGUUCCUUUCUUCGAAGGAAUUGAGCGCAGAAGCGUCUGCGAGUGGCGAAACCCCCUUCACGAACAUGGCCAUGUAUGACCAACGGGUUGCUCUCUUGUGGAUACAAGAACACAUCCAUUAUUUUGGCGGUGACCCGUCCAAUAUCACCAUUGCGGGUGAAUCUGCAGGGGGUUGGUCGGUGCUCGCUCAUCUGCGAUCAGAUGUACCUGUUUGCCAGAGAGGUAUCAUUUUGUCGAGCCCCAACCUGGAUUUCCCACAGCCUGAGGAGGCUCAAGAGACUUUUGAUGAGCUUGUCGCCAGUACGGGUGUGUCGCCCACUGCAUCUGCCGAGGAAAAGCUCACAGCAUUGCGUCGCUUGGACUCGAUGGAAAUAGUCCGGCUGAUGACACCUCGUUUCGCCACGCCUCUUCGGGACGACAACUGGUUUGUGUAUCAAGAGGGCAACAAGCCCAUUGCAGGCCCUGCUCCUUUUGCACCGUGGGUGAAGGGAGUCAUUGCAGGUUCCACGAAGCACGAAGUAGCGGUGUUUGGUGCCACGCAAUGGCGAACCUGGUCCUCCCAGCAAUUUGUAGACCGUGUGAAAUCCGCUUUCCCGCUUGCGGACCUGGCCCAAGAACUGAUGGAUGCAUAUGGCAUAUCUUCGACGGCGCCUGUCGAGACGUGCCUACAAGGGUUCAUUGCUUUGGCCACCGACAACAUCUUCGCCGCCUUGCCCUUCGUCCUCGCAGAAACCCCUUCCGAAUCCUCGCCAGUCAGUCUGUACAGGUUCGACCAGGUCGACACGUUUAGCCAAAGCCCGCUCAAAGGGUAUGCAUACCAUGCAAUGGACAACGCAUUCUUCUGCCGACUACCAGCCGUUGCCGGUCCCAAUGCCGAUCCGGAAAUGAGAGAAACAGCCAAUAGACUUUCUGCGGCGGUCACCGAUUUUGCAUACGGAUCGCAGCCUUGGGAGACAUACAGCUCUAAGCACAGGAUUAUGGUGUUCAAUGGUACGGAGAGCGGCAUUGUGGAGCUCAAGGAAGAAGACCGAUGGAGGCGGAUUACCAUGACAGGCGACCUGGCCAGGACAAAGGGGACGUGGAGGUCCGGGAACAUACUGGUGGGCAUUCGUCAUAGUUCGAUGGGUUGA